AUGUCUGGCAAACGUCUGUUGGACGCCAUCCAGUUGCUCAAUGUCUCCAAAACAGUAGCGGCGAAACAUUUCGCAAUUCGCCAACACCAGCUAGAUGUCUAUACGCGCACUUCCUCCCUGACCAAGGGGAUUAAAGCCCAAACAGAGGGUCUGAUUUUGACCGCACAAGCCGCAGCCGCUCUCGCCCGCCGAUUCGACGAAACUUCGCCACCGACCGACUCGGCCAACUCCUACACAUCCCCGUCCGCCGAUCCAGCGACCUCGGCCUCCACGUCGGCCAAUGCCGUCAACCCCAAUGUCGCUAGUGUAACAUCUACGUCGCCCCCAGAUCAGGCGCACACCUUAAAACACCAGGCCGAGUUACACAUCCCGGCUCAGACGGCACAGUAUGUCGGCGAUGAGAAACCCGCGGUGUUGAAUGUCAGUCAGCAGCAGGAUGUCUUUUACCAGCCGUCCACGUCGUCGGCGCCGGAUUCGUCUAGCUGGCCGAAGGUGAAGCUGCCUGAGGUUGCAAAGGAUGAACAGGUCGUCGGUGAUGGGUUGAACGCGGAUGUGUUCCCUUCGCCGGUGUCUGCGGAGUCGCAAGUCAAAAAGGUGGAAGGCGCAGAGGAGCUGUCCGAGGAGAUGUUGCAGGGGUUGUUCCACAGCCCGCGCGUCUCUCGCAUGAUGUCUGGCAAGCCUGCGCCUAGGAAGGAGUGGAAUGGGCCUGUGGAAGCCAAGCCGGUCCACAGGAAAUCUGAGAUGCAGGAGAUGGAAGAGCUGGCGGCGAGUGUUGCGGAAGAUGUCGUGCCGAGCGCUGAAACUGUCAAGUCCCCGACGUACCAGAUGCUGGAGUCGCGUGUGCCUUCGUCUCGUUUGGGUCGGUUGUGGCAGUAUGGUGGGUUGGCUACUUCAAUGGCUUUUGGUGCCGUCGGAGAAGGUUUCCGACGUGCGACUGGUAGCCAGGACAGUGGGUCAAUCAUGUUCAGCGCCGGUAAUAUGGAGCGCAUGGUUGCCAAGCUGUCCAAGAUGCGCGGUGCAGCUCUCAAGUUGGGCCAGAUGCUGAGCAUUCAAGAUUCCAACAUGCUCCCUGAACCAAUCCAGCAAGUCUUGCAGCGCGUUCAGGACCGCGCAGACUACAUGCCCGCCUGGCAACGCGACAAGGUUCUCACGGACAACCUCGGACCCAACUGGCGCGACCUGUUCACAACCUUCAACGAGGUCCCCAUGGCCGCCGCCUCAAUCGGCCAAGUUCACUCCGCCGUCCUAGCCAGCACCGGCGAGCCCGUCGCCGUCAAGGUGCAAUACCCAGGCGUCGCCGACUCAAUCGACUCCGACCUCAACAACCUCUCCAUUCUCCUCACAGCCUCCCGCCUCCUCCCUAAAGGCCUCUACCUCGACAAAACAAUCGCCAACGCCCGCACCGAGCUAGCCUGGGAAUGCGACUACAUCCGCGAAGCAGAAGGCGCCGCCAAAUUCCGCGCCCUUCUCGCCUCCGACUCCGUCUUCGUCGUCCCGAAAAUCAUCCCCGCCGCGUCCGGAAAACAAGUUCUAACAAUGGAAAUGCUAAACGGCGUAGCCGUCACCAAAAUCCAAGACUUCACCCAGUCGCAGCGCGACUGGAUAGGCACACAGAUCAUGCGCCUGUGUCUCCGCGAGAUCGCCGAAUUCCACUACAUGCAAACCGACCCUAACUGGACAAACUUCCUCUACAACGCCUCCACAAACAAACUCGAACUCCUGGACUUUGGCGCCUCCCGCGCGUACCCGGAAAAGUUCAUCUCCACGUACGUGCGCACCCUCGUCGCCGCUUCCCGCAACGACACGAAAACCUGCCACGACCUCUCCAUCCAGCUGGGCUAUCUCACCGGCAUGGAGUCCCCCGCCAUGGUCGACGCGCAUAUCUCGUCCAUGACCACGCUCGCCGAGCCGUUCAUGCUUUCUUCGCCGGAUCUGUACGACUUUAGUAAUCAGACGAUCACAGACCGGGUGCGUGCUUUGAUCCCGAUCAUGAUUCGCGAGCGCUUGGCGCCCCCGCCAGAGGAGACGUACUCUUUGCAUCGGAAGCUGAGUGGGGCUUUCUUGCUUUGUGCGAGACUUGGUAGUGCGGUGCCCUGUAAGCAGUUGUUUAUUGAUGCUAUUGCUGCUGCUGAGAGUAAGGGGUUGAAAGUUUAG